AGGGGUUAAUUCCCGGAAGUGCCUGCCUGCCUGCGGGCCUAGAGAUGGAGGCGCGUCUGGGCUGGUCCUCUAAUGAAGGGAGGCUUUUCGGGCAAGGCGUCGGGAGAAACGCGGCGUGCCUUUGAUCAGCAAUGAGGGCGUGCGCCUGCUGUCCGGGCUAAAGCCUGUUUCUGGGCCAUUUUUGGCUCCUUUCUCCCGUCCCGUUUACGAGUGGAGCGGGAGACUUGUUUGCUGGCGUAAUGCGGCUGCUUGGAUUGUGCCUGGUGUUGGGGUUUGCUUACAGAAGCCAAGCUGUAGAGAACACCACAGCAGGUCUUCUCCUUGAGUUUUCUUUGGGGAAAUUUAUGAACUUAUUGCUGAAUAAAACCAUUCCCGCUGAAGCACUGUUAAGGAAUAUUGCCACCAAUGCGACUAUCAUUAUCUUUCAGAUCCAUUCUCAUAACAAGAAUGUAACAAUUUCUUUUGAUAAGAAAUCUUCUGCAAAUAACUCUGGAACUGGAGUAGACAAAGGACUGGUUUCUAUUCUUCGGCCUGAGCAGACCGUGUGUACAUGGUAUUUGCAAGCUGUUGAUGCCAAUCAGGUGUUGAGCACAGCUGUUUCUCUCCCUUAUACUGAAAAAGAUCCCAUCCCUGGAGGUUGCAACCUAGAAUUUAACUUGGAAAUUGAUCCCAAUAUUUAUUUAGAAUAUAACUUGGUCAUGACGCAUAUUAAAUUUGCCCCAGCAAAUCUGGGAUACAGAAGAGGUGCAAACCCACCAUCAUGUGAUUCUGAAACUAGUUCAGACUCUAGGUGGCGGCUCUACUAUGAUGUUUAUCAGUACUUCCUACCAGAGAAUGACCUGUCUGAAGCAGCAUUUGUGAACCACAUGAGGAAAAUGUCUGAAGUGCACAGUAUCAAGGCUAAUGGUAUUAAAUUAAUGACCCUAAGCAGUCAAGUCAAAACUGACCUUUACUUCUCCUCCCUUCCUGGACAAGGAGUGAUCUUUAACAUCAUUGUGAGAGAUCCCCUAUGGAACACCUCAGCUGCAUAUGUACCUGUUCACACAUAUGCCUGUAGCUUCACUGAUGAGGAAAAUAACUGUUCAUCACUUGGAAACCUCUCCACCAAAAUAUUUUUCACUGCACUUGCUGUCCUUGGCCUCUUCAUUUGUUUUCUUGGACACCGAUUCUGGAAAACAGAUUUAUUCUUUAUGGGCUUCAUCUUCAUGGCAUUCUUUUUUUACAUAAUUAUUGCUAGAACAGCUGCUCUCAAUUAUAAUGUCAAUCUUGGUCUUACAGCAAUAGCUGGAGGAGUUGGUGGCCUCCUCUUGGUGGCUUACUGGUGGCGAUUUGGUUUUGUGCUCCUCUGUAUGUUGAUCGUAGGACUAGUGCUGGGAUUCCUCGUUGCAUCUGCAGUUUUCUUCACUCCAUUAGGAAACUAUGCAAUUUUUCAGGAUGAUGCUGUGUUCUGGGUGACCUUUUGCUGCCUUGCCUUGAUGGUCCCAGUAAUAUUUGUUGGCUGCCCUAGAGUUCUGAACAUCUUGGCCUGUGGCAUAAUAGGAUCUUACACUAUAAUCUUGGCUACAGCUUGUUAUUUGUAUACAAGUCUUUCUUACAUUGGGUUGAACCUGAUCCACAGGAUUCUAAAUAAUGCUUCCAGAAGAGCCUACACUAGUGUGCCCUUUCAGCCUAAUGAUAUCAUCCUCUUGGCAGUAUGGGUAAUGCUGGCGAUUGGUGGAAUAACGGUCCAGCUGCGCAGAGAGAGACGGGAGGUGCCUUUCCCACCACAUCCAUAUCGGAUAUGGAAGCGUGAGAGAGAGCGCAGAAUAACAAACAUCCUGGAUCCCAGUCAUCACGUCCCUCCCUUAAGAGAGAGGAUUUAUAGCAAGCUCUCUCAGAUCAAAGACUUCUUCAGAAAAGAGCAGCCAGCAGGGGAAAGAACACCACUACUUUUGUAAACUGUCGUGUAGUUGGGAAGACUCCAGAAAUGUGGCUAAAGAUUUUCAAGAACUACUAGGCAUUCAGUUGUGCUAAGGACUCCCUCAUUUAUCCUGCUCAACAAAAGCUAGAAUGGGUUGGACAAAGAUCAAUACUGGUCAUCUAGGAGAAACCCUACACUCUGCUUCAUGACCUGUGGUCCGGGCUGUAACACAAGGUACCUGUGUUGGUAUCUGUAGCAAGGAUGGAGUACACUUAUGCACAAUAUGUGGAAGUGUUGAAGGAGGGGGCAGGAUGGGUAGGAAAGCUUACUGGUGAGGGGUGCAACUUAAGAGCUUCAAAACCCCGAGAGAAGGAAACUGGUCACUUUUUAAGCUAAGGCAUGCAUAGAUAGUUGGUGGUUCAUUUUCUCAAAUGCCGGAGAAGAAACAAUCCUUUUCCAUGGGUUUAGGUUCUGAGCUGAAUGUACAAAGACAGGUAAAGUAGCUGGAGAUAGACUACAUAUGGAAAAACAGCUUCCUGCUGGCCUUGGCACAGAUAAAGCUAUUGGUAGAAGUACAAAAUUGGUUUAUCCCUGCUACUCAGCAGCAACUUCUUAAGCUGUCAAGCUGUACUAAAACUUGUAUUAAGUACCUGCAUGUGUGGGCGCAAGACGAGCAGUUGUGAAAAAUGCAGGAGGGGGGAAAACUUGUUCAGAUUUUAGGACAUAAUUAGCGGACUAUUAAUCUGGACCUAGUGAGUGGUAUCUUGUAAGACUAGAAAAGAGAAUGGUGUCUCUUGAGCAGUCUAACAAUUUCUUAAUUGGGAAGGAAAAACAGAAUACUUAAGAACAAGCACCAAAGCGAUUCAUUUUUGUUUUUAUGGCAGCCCGUCAUGUUGCUUCACAUCCUCUUAUUGGAGUACUGUUUUGGCUGCAAGACUAACGGUCACUUAAACGUGUUUCCUGUUUUUUAUAUUUGAAAAGUUAAACAGGUUUACAGGUGCCUGGCGUACUGUUUAAGACAGUUGGCUUCCUCAGCCUAUGGGGAACAGAGUUGGACUUCCCUUAGCUAAGUACUUCAGAGGCCAUAACAAGCCAUUCCUGCACUGCCAUUGCGAAGUUCUGAGCGCAGAUUUCCUCAAGUAUCCAAACAGGCCACCUCACUCAGAGCAGAAGGGUAGUUUCAACCAUUGCUGAAUAUUUUUAGCUUUCGUUUCCACCUACCCUGAGCCUGGUAGUGCACUUUACAGGCUUGGUGGACACUCUGUACAGAUAAAGUCCAUGGGGGAAAGGGCUAAUGUAGCUGAAUGUUGUCUGUCACCAAAUGGCCAUCUCCCAGGAGAAACCCUCCUAGAUUAGGAAGGUGUAAAUAUAAAAUGUGACAAGGAAGUAUUGUCACAUACUACAUUAAAGUACUAUAUCCUGCAUUUGAAAGAUGACUUGUGUAUCUUCAGUGGGCAAAAAAGUGACUAAAGCAGGAUAACUAUACAGAUUAAAAUAACAGACGGCACAAGCAUCUCAGUUAAAAUAUUCCCCAGACUUAAGUUGUGUUCCUGGAGCCUGUUGUGUGGGGGGAGAGAAAGCUUAGACCAUUGACUUGAUUGGAAUUUUGAGGUACCUCCCAUUUGUGUGAAUGAAGUCUCAGGUGCUUUCAAUUGGUACAUACAAAGGAAAACUGCAGCAGGGGAGUUUCUCCUUUAGAACUACAACAGUAGAACCUACACCUGGAAAAGCAUGUAACUAUUCAAAAAUGUAAGCUCCAUCCAGAGUCUGGCACUACUUUUUAGUAGCUUUCUUUCUAGUGUAAUAUUAAGAAUACAAUACUUCUCCCCUUUGAGUCAAAUAUUGAUCCUUGGCUUGUGGGUAAAAGAAUCUGAUUCAUUCCAGCUUUCUUGAGCUGUGAGCAAUGUAUGUCACUUCGUAUAUUUUAGUAGUAUGAAGAGGAAGCAGGCUUCUUUGCACUGUCCUCUCAAAUGAGGAAAGCUGUUGUGGUACUGCACUUUAAAUGAGAAAACUGCUUGCAGUGCACACAUCUAAACUUACAGUUUUAAGCAUAACAUUUAAAACUGGGUAUCACACACUUAGGGUUGCCAGGUAAAACCUAGAGAGAUGCACUAUACCUCUACAUUAUUGAUGCAGCAGGAGAAGAGGCUUUUUCACUGGUCCUGCUUAUCCUCUCCUCUGCCUCGUGUAAUAAAAUUCAGUGUGUUGCAUAGUAGGAGUACAGGGCAGAUGUUAAAGCUGGGCCCAAGACAGCUGUAUUGGGGAAUCUAAAAGGCACAGUCAGGAUCUGCAAGUUGCUCCCCAUAAACACUACACAGGCUCAAAUGAUUAAUUUGCUUAAUGUUCUCUAACACUUUGAAGAGCUGCAUGGCAUUCAUGUUAAAUAUAAACCAUUUUAAAUGUCUGCUUGCUUGCAAGGUAGUAGACUUGAUAAAAAGAUGGAAGAGUCCAUAAUUAUUGGCAGAGAUCUUUAAAGUUGAAAGGAAUAGAUAAAAUAGUGUCCCUUCUUACCAACUGCAGCCCCAUUGUGUUGGCUGUCUAGCCACUUCUCUUAGUACUGAGAUUAACUACCACUUCUGAUGGUCAAAGCAGCUACUGUGUGGGUAUAAUCCUAGUCAUUAUUGCUAACUCUUAACUGCCAUGAUUUACAGUGCUAAAAACUUAAUGCAUUUUCUAUUUUUUUGUAAUAAAGAUGUGCUCAAAACUGAA